GCCAACCCUGAAGACCCUGGGAAUUUUCCUUUUAUAUUGCUUGGAAACAAGAUUGAUAUUGAUGGUGGUAAUAGUAGAGUGGUUUCUGAGAAGAAAGCAAUGGACUGGUGUGCUUCAAAGGGGAAUAUAACUUACUUUGAGACUUCAGCUAAGGAGGAUUACAAUGUCGAUGCUGCAUUCUUUUCUAUUGCGAAGACUGCUUUAGCCAAUGAAAAUGAGCAGGAUAUGUAAGUUGACUCUUGAGGGCAGGCUGAUUUAUAUAUUUAUUUAUCCUAUACAUAUUUUACUAGGUAUAUUCUGAUGGAGGAACAACAGUUGUAAUUUUAUAUGCUGGAAUAUUAAGGCAUAUUCCACACAUGAAACAAUGACCAAUAUUCUAGUGGAGUGACAUAAGUUGUAAGUUUCUCG